AUGCCCGCACAACUCCCAGUCGCCUUGUUCCCGCCAGCCUCGACGUCAUCCCCCGGGGAACAGAUCCUCCUCGACGCCGACCCCGAGGGCCCGGACAGGCAGCCGUCAUCAUCGCAGCCGCCACCCCCCCCGCAGCGCCUUUCCCCCACUUCGCGGUCCCUCUUUCACGCGACUCCGUCGCCGCCGCCGCUGGCCGGCGUCAACGGCGUCGUGCCCGCCCCCGUGCCCGCCCCGGUUCCCCUGGCCAUCGCUCCCUUCCCCGCUGAGCCCCUCUCGCCGAAGCCCGAGGCCGCGGCCCUAGACCCGGCCGCUCCGUCCCUGCCUGCCGGCCGGUCGGCUUCUCCGUCGACUUCGCUGUCGCGCUCGCCCUCGCGCGCCACGCUUGCCCUCGCCACCGGCCAUUGCGCCGCCAAGGCUCCAUCCUCGGGUCCGCCCCAGCCGGUGGCCGUCGCCUCCGCACGCGCUCCGCCCCCCCCGCCGCCACCCACGAGCGCCCUUUUCUCGCCCUCUCGUGGGGGUCCCGGUGGUUCGGUCUCGAGCUUUGACUUUCCCCUCUCGCCCAGGCUUCCGCCGCGUCCGCAAACGGGUGCUGCUGCUGCCGCCGCUGCCGCCGCCGCCGCCGCUGCCGCCACUGCCGCUGCCGCUGCCGCUGCCGCUGCCACCCCUUCCGAGCCCUUUUCCCCGCCCCUGGGUGCUGCCGGCCCCGCGGAUCGCCGUCGGAGCUUCAGUUCCGCUCGUCCGUAUUUGAUUUUCGACAGCGACUCCGCCCCCUCCGCCCCCUCCGCCCCCUCGGCCGGUGCCGGAGCCGCUGCCGCCAGUGCCUCGGCGCCCUUCUUCUCCAAGCCGGUCCCCUGUGCCUUUUCCUCGCCACAAAUCUCCGGUGCCCCGUACCAGCCGGAAACCCCGAAGCCCAACGCGGCCCCCGGCAUCGACGCUCUCCAGGCCAAGCUUUCGGCCGUGAUCGCCGAGUCGGCCGGGCUCAACUCCUCGCACGGCGCCCUCCCCGCCGAGCACCAGACCCCCUUCGUCGGGACCUCGGCCGCGGCUUCGAUCAACAGCCCCUCAGCCUUCGGCCUGGUGCCGGCCAACGCCGGGGCCUUCUCGCUCAACUCGCCCGGCCUCGAGACGCCGGUCAUCUCCUCCUCCUCCGCGAGCUUUGUCGGCGGUCACAACGGCCACCUCGCUGGCGGUAGCAACGGCAGUCUCGGCAGCACGGGCGCCGGGGGCCCCGGCUUCUACGACUCCACGCCGCGCAUCUCCAACGACGGCGGCCCGACCGGCCAGCGUCCUCUCCUCUUUGCCGGGUCGCUGACCAGCCUCUUCCAACGCACGCGCAGCGUCACCGACCUCGACAAGCUCCCCGAGUGCCCGGACACCGUGUCCGUUCGCCGGGCCAGCAGUUCGGCUUCCUCCCUGCACACCGAGCCGGGGCUCGUGUCGCCCGGGGGUCCGUCCCUGUCGUCGCUCAGCCUCCCGGAAAUCGGUCUCUCUCCGGGCCCCGGGCUUCAGGCUCCUGUGUCGCCGCCGCCACCACCGGCGUCGGAUCUUUCCGCUUCCUUGGCCGCCCUGGCUGCCGGGCUUUCUCCCGAGCCGUAUCGCCUGCCGGCUGGGGCGUCCCCCCCUCGCGCGGCCGCUGCUCCCGUCUCACCGGGGCCCCUCUCCCCGAACGCCCCACCCAGUGCCGGGGACUACUCGGUGCAUUCGUUUGCCCCCUCGCCGACGGCCGCCACCGCCACCGCCACCGCCACCGCCACCACCACCGCUGCUGGUGCGGGCGCGAGUGCGGGUGCUGCUGCUGCCGCCGCCGCUGCCGCCGCUGCUGUCGUUGUCGCCGCCGCCGCCGCUGCUGCUGCCGCCGCCGCUGUUGCCGCCACCGCCCCGGACUUCGGCUCGGCGAGCCCGCCCACUCCGCGCCUGAAUCACCUUCUCUCGCCGCACCACGCCGGCCCGCCAUCGCAUCGUUCCCUCUCGGCAUCUGCUGGCGGCCUUUUUGACCCCCUCUCCCCGGGAUCGCCUGGUGGUUUGGUUGCCCCCUCCUCGAGCCAGUUGCUGCUGCUGCAGGAAUCCCCCCGGGCGCCGGCAGCCCGCGCGGACAGUUCGCUCUCCCCCCUGGCGCUGACCGGGCCCGCUGGCACGACGGCGGACGUCACGCCCACCCCCCUGCUGCUGUCAUCGGCCUCCGGUGUCGCCCUCAGCGGCGAGUCCUCUGUCGCUCCGGUGGACGCUCUCAACCAGCUGGCCCUGGACGAGAAGCCCGCUUCCCCCUUGCGACUUUCGUCAUCGGCGGCCCCGCCGGUGAACAGCCCGCUCUCGCACGCGCCGCCCUCUCCGCUGCUUGACAGCGUCGAGGCCCGUUCGCCGGCCGUGCGCCGCUCUCUCUCUUCGCACAAGGCGCUGGCGGCCCUGGCGUCAGCCGGCUCCCCCUCCGCCGCCCCGGCCGGUGGCUCUCCCAGCGCGGUUGCCGCUGCGGUUGCCGCCGCCACCGUCGCCGGGCAGGCUCCAUUCCGUCGGCGCUCGGACCGGUCGGUUUCGCGCGACCUCGGCGCCGUAAGUAAGUCCCGCUCUGGGCCGCGCUCGGGUUCGGGAUCGCCCUCCUCGCCGCCGCCGCCGCCGCCGCCACCGCCGCCGCCGCCGCCCCCGGCGUCCUUGUCCUUCUCCUGCUCCUCUUCCACUUCCUCCCUGUCGUCCCUGGCCGCGGCACCCCCGUGCAGGGCAUCCACAUCCGCCAGCCAGACCCCGACAGUAGGGCAUCCGCCGCCGCCGCCGCCGCCGCCGCCGCCGCCGCUGCCGCCGCAGCUCCUGUUGCAGCUCCAGCAGCAGCAACUCCAUCACCUCUCUAGCUUCACACACGCCCCUCGGUCAUCCAGUCGGCCGGCGUUCAGCCCCGUCGCCAGCAUGUCCUCCAUGCCGUCCGGGCUGCCGCCUCCCUCUUCCUCCUCCUCCUCCUCCUCGGCGACCUCCUCCAUGAAUGCCGUCUCUUCACAUUCCUCGGCUCCGGUGGGUUCCGGAGAGCCGGCCGCUGGCACGUCGUCGGCCCGCGAUCGGCGCAACCGCACCCACCUCCGCCUGUCCUCCCGCUUGGGGCUCUAUACGCACCGGAUUUCCUCGCUGCCCGAGUCUCGGCCAGAUGACAUCACCCUGGCGGAAAUUUGUUCCAGGCUGUGGGCCUCGAAGAGCCCUCUGCCUGGGGGCUUCCCCGGGGCGGGGGCCGGAUCCGGGCCCGGGGUGCAUUCUUCCCCCCGGCAUGGCGGCCACCACCCGGUCCCGGGGGGACGCCGUUCUUCUUCCUGCUCCUCGGGGGGCUCCUGCUCGUCUGGUGCCAUGAGUGGGUCUGAUUGCUCGGAUUCGGAAAUGCUGGCGGCCGAUGCGGUGGCACCGCUCCCGGCCACGGCAUCGGCCGGGCUGGUCCCGUAUGCGCGUACCUCGCCCUCUUCCUCGACCGGGUCCGGCGAUUCGAUGUGUCUCUCGGAGCCGGACUCCCCGCAGGCGGCCAUCAUCAGCGCCGGGGCGGCGCUGAGUUCCGUCUUGGAGGAGCUGGACCCGGCCUCUGCGGCCACCGGCGGCGGCGCCUCCGCCGACGAGCAGCCGGAGUUGGAUUACGUGCCGCUCUCCCUGCGCCGAGCCCUGCCGCAUGACAUCAGCAUCCCGUCCAUGUACAUGCAGUUGCCGUCGGAGAACAUUGACCACCCUUCGUACCAGGCGUGGAUUGACUGGACGUGCAGCGGGGCCCCGGCCGGGCGACGCCCGGCACAGUCUUCGGCCUCCGCCCAGCGGCCAACCUACCAGCAGAAGAACAUUGAGCGCAUUCGCAACUUCAACCGCUACACCAACAUCAUCCCCUUCGAGCAUACGCGCAUCCGUCUUCGCGGGCCGGGGAUCCGGUCAUUCGAUGCUCCACCGGCGCGGCACUCCUUCUCCGGGCCGACGGGCCGGCAGGCCGGGCCACCCACCCCCUUGACCUUGACCCUGGCCACGCAUCCCGAGGCCAUGCCGGAGUCGCCGCUCUUUGCCAAUUCGCCGCCCUUCCCGCCGGUUGACUCGACCGAGCCAUCGCCGAUGGCCACCGACCCGCCGGCGACGGUGGCCGCCCCUGCCGCCAGCCCGGAUCCCAAGCGCGCGUCGGCCGUCUCGCCUGCCGGAGCCUCCUCCUCGCGGCCGACUCUCUUCCGCCGGCGUGUCAGCCUGCCAGUCACAUCGUCUCUGCACCCUCCGCCCGGGACCCUGUCCAAGCUGUCGGCUCCGACGGUCUCGACACAGGGUCUGCAGGCUCUCACCUCUGCGGCGGAGCCAUUUGUCCCGAUGGCCAGCGACUACAUCAAUGCCAAUUGGCUGACGUUCCCGGGUAACCCGCAGAAGUACAUCGCCACGCAGGGGCCCCUGCCGACCACCUUCGGUGCCUUCUGGCGCAUGACUCGCCAGGAGGAGGUCCGAGUGAUUGUCAUGCUGACCAGCUUGCGGGAGAAUGGCUUCGUCAAGUGCCAUGUGUACUGGCCAACCGAGAAGGGCCGCCGAGAGGUGUACUCGCUGGACAGCUCGCACAAGACCUCCAGCACCCCGCAGGAUGCCGACUUCCAUGCCGGCGGGACGUCCCCCCUGGAUGGCUCUGGAACUGGGGGCUCGGCCAGCUCCACCUCCUCGUCGUCCACUUGGCGCUCGAUGCGGAGCAUCCUCCGACGCGCAUCCAUCCCCACCAACUCGGCCUCCUGUGUGCCCUUCAGUCGCCGGGGGAGUGUCACCGAUGAGGGCGGCCCUCAGCAGGGGUCCGCCUCCCUGCGGUCCCCCUCAUCGGCCUCCUCCUCCAAUUCGUCCAUCUCGCCGGGGGGGGCUCCCUUCUCACCGGCCUCCGGCGGGUGGGAGGCGCCCAAGCACCCGCCCCUCCCGCCGAACAAGAUCGCCGUCACCCUGUUGGAGGAGCGCCACUUCACCAAUUACACGGUCCACCUGUUCGAGAUCGAGGACAAUGAGUUUGUCCCGGCCGCCGAGCGCAGCUACCCCGGGCAGACCCGCGUGGUUCGUCACCGGACGGCCCACAUCCAGUACACCACCUGGCCGGACCACUCGACCCCGUCCAGUUGCGUGGACUUCUUGGAGCUCCUGUCCGUGGCGCGGUCGUAUCAGCAGCCGCGGACUCGCAUCGCCGGGUACCAGCUGGGUCCGGUUUUGCCCGACGGCGAAUCCGGCCCGGACUCGCAGCAAGCCUCGUCAUCCGGUGGCGGCGGGCCCGGCUCCAGUGCCAGCGGCGGCGGGUACCAGCUGCCGCCGAUCGUGGUGCAUUGCAGUGCCGGCUGCGGCCGGACGGGUGUCUUCGCGGCCACCGACACGGCCUUGCAGUUGCUGGACUGCGCGGCUGACGAGGCCGAUCGCAUUUCCAGCCAGCUGGCCCCGCAGUCCAACCGGCCCCGGUCCGAGCGCCAGGCCAUGGCCGAUGCUCUGCAGGUGGCCCAGGUCCCCGUGACCCUGGCCCUGCUGGAGGACCGGGACUCCCGGCCGGGGGAGCGGGACGCCAUCCAUGGCCAGGACCUGCCGGUGUUGUCGCGCGAGGUCCCCAGCGAUUUCCUCCACCAGCUCCGCACGACGGGAUUCCUGCAGCCCGAUGGCCGGGUCCGUUUGCCGGACAUCCCCCUGAGCCCGCUAGAUGUGGCCAGUUGUCAGGAUCCCUUGGCGUACUUGCUGUUCCGUAUUGUCCGUCGAUUCCGCCUUCAGCGGAUUGGCAUCGUCCAAACCUAUCCGCAAUUCCGCUUCUGCUAUCAGGCCCUGUGCGAUGGGCUGUCCUUGGCGGCCAUGGCGCCGGUGCCGGCUCCGAGGCCGGCUGGUGCGGACGAGCUUGACCUGGCGGCACACGGCGCGCCAGGAAGUAGCUCGGCCCCCGGCGGUGGGCGCGCCGGUGCUCGUCGGCAACUUUCCCUCUCGCAUCAGCACCGCCUUUUCUCGAGGCUGCACGCAUCUGGCACCCCCGGGGGCGGCCCUGGGGCUGGCCCCGGGGCCGGGCUCUUGCAGGGCGACCUCUUUGACGACAGCUUCGAAUUCGAUGAGGGGGACACGUUCGACAACAAGGACCACCAGUCGUUCAUCCUCCAUCAGCACCCGAAGUCCCCGUCCAAUCCCUCGUCCUCCCUCAAUGACCGCUGAGUGAUGCGACCGCCGGGGGCGGGCCGGGCGAGAGGCGCCCCCCGCCGCGUGCGGUUUGAUCGCCGGGCCGGGGACCCCGCGAAGCCCCAGGCAUUUGAGGGGGCACCUGGCUCGGUUGCUCCCUCGCCUGGGUGCCUGUUCGCGCGCUGGCCCUGUCAAAUAUACCCAUCCACCGUCCGA